AUCUGAUGAAGAGAGGGAAACAUGGGGCUUCAUGAAAGUUAUGUUUAACGAGGAUGGGACUGCAAGGACAAAGCUGCUUUCUCAUCUUGGUUUCAGCGCACCUGUUGAGGAAAGCGAUACUUUAAACAAUGAUGCCUCUGAGCAUGUAAAUACUCUUGGUCUUGAUGAGAGUACAGCUAUUAGAGAAGGAGCUUCCGGCUAUCAAGAAUCUGCCCCGUUUGGAAAUGAUAACGGAGAGGAUUUCUUUGACAAUCUUUCUAGUCCAAAGGCAGAGACGCCACUGUCCAAAACCAAGGAUGAAUUUGUCAAUGAAGAGACUUUAAAGGAAACCCAUCCAGAAACUGACGGACAAGAGGAGAUUCAUGAUUCUUCAUUUGAUGAUGCUGUUCAACGUGCUUUGGUUGUUGGAGAUUACAAGGGGGCAGUGGCGCAAUGCAUUUCUGCAAAUAGAUUAGCGGAUGCUUUGGUUAUUGCCCAUGUAGGUGGUGGUACCUUAUGGGAUAACACACGUGACCAGUACCUCAAGACUUGUAGUUCUCCCUACCUAAAGGUUGUUUCUGCCAUGGUGAACAAUGACCUAAUGAGCAUAGCUAAUACCAGACCUCUAAAAUCAUGGAAGGAAACUCUUGCUCUCUUUUGCACUUUUGCACAGUCAGAACAGUGGGCGCAGUUAUGCGACACACUUGGUGCUAGACUCAUGGUUGCUGGUGAUGCUACUGCUGCAACUUUAUGUUACAUUUGUGCCGGAAAUAUCGACAAAACUGUGGAGAUUUGGUCAAGGAAUUUGGCAAAAGAUCAGGAUGGAAAGCCUUAUGUUGAACGUCUCCAGGAUUUAAUGGAGAAGACCAUAGUAUUUGCUUUGGCUACUGGCCAGAAGCGAUUUAGUGCAUCAUUAUGCAAACUAGUUGAGAAAUAUGCUGAAAUAUUAGCAAGUCAAGGGCUUUUAACUACAGCAAUGGAGUAUUUGAAUCUUCUCGGCACAGAGGAGUUGUCUACCGAACUUAUUAUCUUACGUGAUCGCAUUGCUCGGUCUAUUGAGCAAGAUAAAGAAGUUGAGGAAACUGUGACUUAUGAGAACCGUCAAGUGCAAACUGGACCCACAUAUGGUGAUCAAUCGAGUUAUGGUGUUGUCGAUGCCUCUCAACACUAUUAUCCGAAUACUGCCCCAUCCCAGUUCCAACAAUCUGUUCCCAGCAGUCCAUAUGGUGUCAAUUAUCAGCAGCAGCCCACUGUUUCAUAUGGAAGAGGUUACAAUCCUCCUACUACAUAUCAGGCAACCUCGCAGCCCAACGCACCACAGCCUUCCAUGUUUGUCCCUUCCCCUGCACCUCCAGCCCAGACGGGAAAUUUUUUUCCACCUCCUGUCAACACUCAGCCCCCUGCAAAAUUUGUCCCCACUACCCCUCCUUUAUUAAGAAAUGCGGAGCAAUAUCAGCAGCCAUCGACUUUGGGUUCUCAGUUGUAUCCAGGGUCUGUCAAUCCUAGCUAUCAAGGUGUUCCUCCAGGGGUUCCAUCAUUUGGUGCCAACACGUCUCAUGUUCCGACUCCUGCGCAAAAGAUGUCACAGGUCUUUAACCCUACUCCACCAACUAGGGGAUUCACGCCUAUAUCUAGUUCAGGGGUACAAAGACCAGGGAUGAAUUUGGUGCAGCCUCCGAGUCCUACUCAGCCUGUUCCAGUGCAGCCAGCAGCUCCUGCUGCUCCCCCUCCUACUGUCCAGACCGUUGAUACGUCAAAAGUACCUGCGCAACAGAGGCCUGUUAUUGCAACUUUAACUAGACUUUUCAAUGAGACGAGUGAAGCAUUAGGAGGAGGACCACGCAAACGAGAAAUCGAGGAUAACUCGAAGAAGUUAGGUGCCCUGUUUGCAAAGCUCAAUAGUGGAGAUGUAUCUAAGAAUGCUGCGGAAAAGCUUGUUCAACUCUGUCAGGCCCUGGACAUUGGUGAUUUUGGUACUGCCCUCCAAAUCCAG